AAAAAAUAUUGGAUGGUAGAUGGUCACACUGAGCCAGUGUCAUGCGUGCGUGUGUGUGUGCGUGCGUGUUAGUGGCAUUUAAUAAUAACUUUCUGGCGACAGGCGAGGGUAAAAUAAAUAAAUAAAUGCACAUUGCAUUGGUGCGGCCACCGGAGAAGUGUGUGCAGCCAGAAGAGGCAGGCGGAUGAUCAGCAGCAGCAGCGGGUAAUAAAAAGCGACAAAAACACCAAGAACAUCCAGUGAUCGCUCCCACACGCACACACGCACAACACACCACACACACACCUACAGUGGGGGGCACAGGUAAUCCGAACGACGACGGCCAGAGACGGGUGGGAGCCAGCAGGCAGCCAGCAGACCAGCCGCCAGCAGCAAACAUCGUCGUCAGACAGGAAGUAGCAAAUAAUUGAAUAUUCCAUCAACGUACGGGGCAUGGCCACCGGCGGCGGCGGAGGUGGAGGUGGAGGUGGGGGAGGCGGUAUCGGCGGUGGAUUCGGUGGAUUAAGCGGACUUGGUGGACUUGGUAGCGGGGGCGAUGACCAUCAUAAGCGCAACACCUUCACCAGCUAUGUGGCACCGCUGCCGGGCGAUCUGCGCGCCAGUGCCGCCACCAAUGAAUGGUGCCUGCCCAGCGAUCUGCGGGACGUACAUGCGGCCAAGCCACGUCUACUGCAAGGCGAACAGAUUGUUGCCUCGGCCCCCGCCUACAUGUACUCCGCCAUCGAUCCAAUGGACUCGGCCGGCUCAUCCGCCGAGGCCACCUUCGGUCUGCUGAGCGUUACCAACUUUAAGCUGGCCUUUGUGCCGCUCCACUCGAAAAGGAAUCCGUACGCGACACCGCCACUGAGUGACCUGUACCAGGAGAACGCCUACCUGGGACGCAAUGAGAUCACACUGAACAACAUCGAUCAGAUCUACACGAUUGCGGAGCUGGGACGGGCGGCCAGUGCGCUGCAGGCGGCGCGCAUGGCUGGCGCCGUCAAUCGCCGCAAGAAACUAGAGCCCUUCAAGCAGCACAACAUCAGCGGCCGGAUCGCUGCCCUGCACAUUGUUUGCAAGAAUUUCCGGUUGCUGAAGUUCGCCUUCCAGCAGCAGGACUCGAAGCUAAGCGGCGCCAGCGAUCAUGGCAAGCUGAUAGCUUCGGCUCUCGUCCGCUUCGCCUAUCCGAUGCGGCACGACCUGAGCUUCGCCUAUGCGCACAAGGAGCAGUACUACUCGACGAUGGGUGCCACCGGUACCAGCAUGUACGCCACAAAGAACGACUGGGCCAGGGAGCUGAUCCGAUGCGGCGCCACCGAGUGGCAGGUGGUGAGCAGUGCCAGUGUCAAGCUGCUCCAGAAUCCCCUCCAUGUGGGAAAGUAUACGGUGCCGCCACACUUCGUAAUACCGAAGAGCUGCACCGUGGAGCGAUUCCUCGAUUUGUCGCGUGCCUUUUGCGAUUCACGAGCUGCCUUUUGGGUGUAUAGCUAUGGCGACAAAGCCGCCUCGCUGGUCCGCCUGGCCGAGCUGCAGCCGGCGGCGCAGCAGGACACCAAGUCGGAGAACAUUAUGCUGGAGCUGGUGCGGAAGUGUGAGGGCGGACGGCAUCUCAAGCUGAUGCAGCUGACGGAUCAGCUGCCGAGCACCCAGGACGUGCUCAGGGCCUACCAGAAGCUGCGGCGCCUGUGCACGCCGGAAACACCCGAGAAGUUUAUGCUGCAAGACGACAAGUACCUCGCCCUGUUGGAGAAGACCAACUGGCUGUUCUACGUAUCGCUGUGUCUUCGAUCCGCCAGUGAGGCGGCCGCCUUCCUUCGCAACGGCGUCACCUGUGUCCUCCAGGAGUCCAACGGCCGGGAUCUCUGCUGUGUGAUUAGUAGUCUGACCCAGCUCCUGCUUGAUCCUCACUUCCGGAGCAUCGAUGGCUUCCAGUCGCUGAUUCAAAAGGAAUGGGUGGCCCUGGAGCAUCCGUUCCAGCGCCGUCUGGGACAUGUCUAUCCCACCCAGAGCUCUGGCAGCAACAGUGAGCUCCAGGAGAGCGAACAGAGUCCGGUGUUCCUGCUAUUCCUCGACUGUGUGUGGCAGCUGCAGCAACAGUUCCAGGACGAGUUCGAGUUCUCGCAAACGUACCUCACCACGCUGUGGGACGCCUGUUUCAUGCCCAUCUUCGAUACCUUCCAGUUCGACACCCAGGCCCAGCGCACCAAGGCGCACCUGGACUCGCAGCUAGUGCUCCGACCCGUCUGGGACUGGGGCGAGCAGUUCUCCGACAAGGACAAGAUGUUUUUCACCAACCCGCUGUACCAGCGCCAGCGCGGUGAUCUCAGCGGUCAGGGCCUGGUCGCGCACCGUCGUUCCCAGGCUGUGGGCGGCCGAGUCGCCGGCGGGGCGGCACCCAGUGCCACGUCAACGCCCUCACGGAACACCAUCAACCCGCAGCUGUUCGUGACGGCGUCGUUGGUGCCGCGAGAUCGCUUCCUGCAGCCGGCACACCGCAUCUUCGAUCUGUCCGUGUGGGAACAGUGCUACUACAGGUGGCUGCCGGUCCUGGACAUUCGUGGCGGUGGCCAGUCCCAGGUGGAUCUCUACCAUCGCCUGCUGCUGAGCAAUAUAGCUAAGGUGCAGCGGUGUCUGGAGUUCCAGAACUUCGAUGACCUGCCCGAUGCGUACUAUGAGGCCACUGGCGAUUCCAGGCAGCCGGUAGGCGGCCAGCAGACGUCCCAGAAGGAGGACGAGGCGGUGGAGUAUGUGGACGGGGUGGAGCGUCGCAAGAAGGUGACGAUGACGGCCACGCCCACCAACGGCCUGAACUCGGUGAGCGGGAAUCUGCAGCUAUCGACGCUAUCGUCGUUCUUCCCCUUCGGGAAUCCCAUUGCCGGUGAUGCUCCCCACCAGCUGUACGACAUCCUGAGCAGCAGCAGCGAGUAUCUGCUGGACACCUCCUCCUUUCUGGACAAGUCCUCCAUUGUGUGAACGUUCCACAUACCGGGUUAUCAUUAAAGCUGAACUCUAGAAGAAGUAUUAUAUAUAAAAAAAAAAAAAACAUAUAGGAAAGUUAUGGGAAGAAAAACAGAAAAAAAAACAGAUAAUGAGACACUUUACAUACAUGGCAUAUCGCUUUUAACACCUUUUUGAUUAUUAUUGUUAACUAAUAAGCAAGUUAUCGCAUAAGUUUUUUUUAUUUCGUUAUACUACCACAUUCAUACACCCAUCAGUCCGGCAGCAUCGGCCUAAAAUAAUAAAUUUAAUAAUUAAUAAAUAAUCUAAAAAAUAUAAACCGACAAAACGAAAAACGACAAACGACAAGCAAUCGAUGUUAACAUAAAUCGGGGAUAGCGAGAAACAAGAAACAAAAUUCAAAACACCAACUAAAUCAAUAUGUAUUAUAUUGUAACUUAAUACUUUAUAUAAAUAUAAAUAUAUAUAUAAAUAUAUCGCUAUGUAUAUUUAAAUAAAUCAAAAUUGUGAAAUCAAAAGAAAA